AUGUACAGUACUCUGCUGCACAUCAUUCUGCAAGAGUGUGGUCAGGCGUGCUACCACCUAAGUAUAAUUAUAAUGAUUGUGGUGCUGGCAGUAAACAGUGAAUUUAUCGUUGAGGUGAAAGAAUUAGACAUUGAAAACGGCACUACAACAUGGCAAACCGUCAGAAGACAGAAGAGGGAGUGGAUCAAGUUUGCUGCGGCCUGUCGGGAAGGAGAGGACAACUCAAAGAGGAAUCCAAUCGCCAGAAUUCGCUCCGACUGCGAAGUGAACCAGAAAAUCACCUACCGCAUCUCCGGAGCAGGGAUUGAUCGGCCACCUUAUGGUGUGUUCACCAUUAAUCCUCGGACAGGGGAAAUUAACAUCACUUCGGUGGUGGACAGAGAGAUAACUCCACUUUUUUUGAUCUACUGCCGUGCUCUGAACUCACGGGGUGAAGAUUUAGAGAGUCCGCUGGAGCUCAGAGUCAAGGUCAUGGACAUAAAUGAUAAUGCCCCAGUCUUUACCCAGAAUGUCUACACAGCCAGCAUUGAAGAGAACUGCGAUGCCAAUGCCCUGGUGGUAAAGUUGAGUGCCACUGAUGCAGAUGAAGACAACCAUCUGAAUUCUAAGAUUGCCUACAAGAUCAUCUCUCAGGAGCCUGCAGGUGCCCCAAUGUUCAUGGUGAACAGGUAUACUGGAGAAGUCUGCACGAUGUCCAGUUUCCUCGACAGAGAGCAACACAGUACAUACAACCUGCUCGUGAGGGGCUCAGAUCGGGACGGAGCCACGGAUGGGCUCUCCUCCGAGUGUGACUGCAGAAUCAAGGUUUUAGAUGUCAACGAUAAUUUCCCUGUCUUGGAAAAAACUUUAUACUCAGCAAGUAUCAAAGAGAAUUGUUUGAGUUCCGAACUGAUACGAUUACAAGCAAUUGAUCUUGAUGAAGAAGGCACUGAUAAUUGGUUGGCAAAAUACGUAAUCCUCUCUGGAAAUGAGGGAAACUGGUUUGAUAUCCAAACAGACCCACAAACCAAUGAGGGCAUUUUGAAGGUCAUCAAGACAUUGGAUUAUGAAAAAAUGCCUAAUGUUCAACUUGGUAUCGGAGUUAAAAACCAAGCUGAAUUUCACCACUCAGUUGCUUCCCAAUUCCGGAUGCAAUCAACCCCUGUGAGAAUUCAGAUUAUUAAUGUAAAAGAAGGACCUACAUUUCACCCAAGUACCAAGACCUUCAGUGUACGAGAAGGAAUAACAGGACACUCCCUGUUGACUCGUGUGCUUGGCACAUACACCGCCAUCGAUUUGGAUACAGGAAAUCCUGCGACAAAUGUCAGGUAUAUCAUAGGGCAUGAUGCAGGCAGCUGGUUAAAAGUGGAUUCAAGGACUGGUGAGAUACAAUUUUCUAGGGAAUUUGAUAAGAAGUCAAAAUACAUUACCAAUGGGAUAUACACAGCAGAGAUCCUGGCUAUAGAUGAUGGCUCUCGGAAGACCGCCACGGGAACCAUAUGUAUCGAGGUUCCUGAUGCCAACGAUUACUGUCCAGUGGUUUAUUCUGAAACGAACAUCAUCUGUACUAAUUCUCCAUCAGUCCUCAUCUAUGUCCGUGACUCUUCUUACGGGGCCCCCUUUACCUUCUGUGUUGUGGACGAGCCACCACACACAGCUCACAUGUGGGAUAUCAGACCCAUAAACGAUACUAGUGCCAUCCUUAUGACCGAGCAGAUUUUAUUAGAGCAACUUUACCAAGUCCCCAUCCUAGUAAAGGACAGCUAUAACAGACAGUGUGAACUGGCACAGAUUGUGCAGUUAAAUGCCUGCGAUUGUGACAGCAACCACAUGUGCUGGCAGUGGAGUACCACAGGCAUCUAUAAUGGGGGUGUCAGCUCAGCGACUGAUGACAUGAAUGGGUUUGUCACUGAUCACGGAGUUGAGGACUCAAAUGUUGGGCUUGGACCAGCCGGGAUUGGCAUGAUUGUUCUCGGCCUCUUAUUACUACUUCUGUCACCACUCUUGCUACUCAUGUGCUGCUGCAAACGACGACAGCCAGACAGCCUGGGGACCAGGUUUGCUCCUGUGCCUGAGGGGGGCGAAGGAGUGAUGCAGCCCUGGAGAAUAGAAGGGGCCCAUCCCGAGGACAGGGACGUGGCCCAUGUGCAUGGACCCAUGACAGCCUCUAACACCCACGAUCGCAUUGAUUCUUCUGAAAUCUACACCAACACCUACGCGGGCGGAGGGACGGUCGAAGGGGGCGUGUCCGGAGUGGAGCUCAACACGGGCGUGGGGACCGCAGAGGUCCUGGCCAGUGGGGCGGCGGCGGCGGGAGCCUCGAGGAAGAGGAGCUCCACCAUGGGCACCCUGCGGGAGUACGCGGACGCCGGCCUCAACGCGGCCUUCCUGGACACCUACUUCUCCGAGAAAGCAUAUGCAUAUGCAGAUGAAGACGAAGGCCGGCCGGCCAAUGACUGCCUGCUCAUUUACGACCAUGAAGGAGUGGGGUCUCCCGUGGGCUCCAUAGGUUGCUGCAGUUGGAUUGUGGACGACUUAGAUGAAAGCUACAUGGAAACCUUAGAUCCAAAAUUUAGGACUCUUGCUGAAAUCUGCUUAGACACAGAGAUUGAGCCAUUCCCUUCACACCAGGCCUGUAUACCCAUCAGUACUGACCUCCCUCUGCUCGGCCCUAACUACUUUGUGAACGAAUCUUCGGGAAUGACUCUCUCAGAGGCUGAAUUCCAAGCAGAAAUGGCAACAGCUGAGCCAGUCGUUCAUGGGGACAUCAUAGUGACCGAGACCUACACAACCGCUGAGCCAUGUGUCCAACCCACCACCAUUGUCUUUGACCCGCAGCUCCCACCCAAUGUCGUAGUAACCGAGACAGUAAUGGCGCCUGUGUAUGAUGUUCAAGGGAAUAUUUGUGUGCCUGCUGAGAUAGCCAACACACACAAUGUAUACUAUGCUGAGCGAGUACUGGCUAGCCCUGGGAUGCCUGACACGAACAGUGCUGGCAUGGCUGAUGCUUGUGUGGGACCUGUGAUGAGUGGUGGUAUUUUGGUAGGGCCAGAAAUUCAAGUGACACAAAUGGUGAGUCCAGACAUUCACAUAAGCCAGACUAUCGGCUCCACAUCCCCAAUGACACCACGACAUAGAGUAACACGAUAUAGUAAUAUACACUACUCCCAGCAGUAA